CAGCAGUGAGGCUCAUUUUUAAGGAAUAAUCAGCAUCCAAUAAACUUUCAAAUGUCUGAGAGAAAACCAAUCCAAAGUGCUGCCUGUGAGGGAAGUAAUAAUACUCCAAACUUGGAGCAGAGAAGUGUUGAUGACACAGAAGAGGCUCAGAAGUCCACAUAUAUCACAGAGGAGUCAAAACGAAAAAUCCCAUCUCUGCAGGAGCUGGAGGAGGUUUUACAUUCAGCUCCACACUCCUGUAGGCACGGAGAUGAGGUGUGGCCAAACCUCUACCUCGGAGACAUGUUCAUGUCUCAUGAUAAACUGGGGCUCUAUAAUCUGGGCAUCAAUCAUGUUCUGAAUGCGUCACACGGGAAACUGUGCUGUAAAGGCAGCGACGAUUUUUACGGCACUACAGUGAAAUACUACGGAGUCCCAGCCAACGACCUGCCAACGUUUGACAUUUCCCCUUUCUUCUACCCUGCUGCUGAGUUUAUUCACCACGCUUUGACUUCUGGAGGAAAGGUGUUUGUACACUGUGCUGUGGGCGUGAGUCGUUCGGCUACAUUGGUCCUGGCAUAUCUGAUGAUUCAUCACAAUCACAGCCUGCUGUCAUCUAUACAUGCAGUGCAACAAAAACGCUGGAUUUUCCCCAACAGAGGCUUCCUGCGACAGCUUAUAGCUCUGGACAGAAAACUGCUGGAUGAACGGUCAAAUUAGUAAAAUGAGAAGAUUUGGAGAACAACUCUAUGCUAUAAAUAAUUUAAAAAAACACGUUUUCACCACAAGGACUAUGGACUACUGAGGAGCUUCUGAGGUGUCCUCAGUGUGUUGUCUGUUUUUCUCUGUGACGUCCAAAGACCUGGGGGGAUGAGGACAGGCAGCCUGCUGACGCCUUAAAAAGUCACACCUGUUCUAUAAAGGUCUACAUACGCAUGCUGUGUCUAUGACAAAUACUUUCAUCAAUAAGAAAUGACAGCUGCAGAACUUAACCUUACGAACAACCUCUUCUUGUUUAGUUUUAUUACUUUUUAUGUCUUAUUCAACACUGACUUUGUAGGUGUAUAAAUGUAAAUUAAGAACCAUUAUUUUC